GAGUCAGCCUUCCGAUUGGACCCUCACUCCCACCAUAACCUUAUCAAGCACCGUCAACAGAUAAUCAUCUCUCGUCUUUCUUCUUCAAGCUUCUAAAAUCUCAAGAUAACCUCCAUAACAGCUCAGGCGAAUAACAUACUGCAAGAAACUCACCCUUAAAAUAUCACCAAUUUACAUUGAUUACCCUUAUCGAAUCUUCAACUUUAGGUAUCCAAAUAAUUGCUCAUGGCGUCGCCUGAAAAGCCGCCGCCGGCGAUCAUCGUCCAACCGGCGUCCCCAAGGUUUCCAAAACCCGGCGCUUUAAGUGCCGGAACUCAGAGGAAAGUUGCGAUAGCAGUCGAUCUGAGCGAUGAGAGUGCGUACGCCGUGAAUUGGGCAGUUCAGAAUUACCUCCGCCCUGGAGAUUCCGUCAUACUCCUCCACGUCCGUCCUACCUCUGUCCUGUACGGCGCAGAUUGGGGCGUCGUGGAGGAUCCCGACACCGCCACCGAUGAAGAAUCGCAGCAAAAACUCGAAGAUGAUUUCGACGCGUUUACAACCACCAAAGCAAACGAUAUCGCAAAGCCACUAGUCGAUGCCCAAAUCAAUUUCAAGAUCCAUAUAGUGAAAGAUCAUGAUAUGAAGGAGCGAUUGUGUUUGGAGGUCGAAAGGCUAGGGUUAAGUGCUGUGAUUAUGGGGAGCCGAGGGUUUGGUGCUUCGAGAAGGACAUCGAAAGGGCAGAGGCUUGGGAGUGUUAGUGAUUACUGCGUGCAUCACUGUGUGUGUCCGGUGGUAGUUGUGAGAUAUCCAGAUGAUAAAGAUGGCGAAAUUGCUGUUGGAUCACCUCUUCGUGUGAAUGGCGGCAGCGAGGUUUCACUGCAUCCGGUGCCGGAGGAGGAACCGGAGUUUCAUGAUGCAUCGGAUAAACAAUCAGAUCUGGAAAAGCCCUCCUAAAGAAGGGUUUUGGUAUUUGGGUGUUUUGUUGGUGUUUGUUGUGUGUUUCAAAGUGAUUUGGGGAUGAUGAGGAGGUUGCUGAUGUUUUCCUGUUUAAGGGUUUAUUUAGGGUUUAAAAGUGGAUGGUGUUCAACUGUUUAUGUGUUAAAGCAUUGUCAAAUGGAGUGGUUGUUGAGGUGGUUUGUUGUUAUUAUUAUGGCCUCUUUGAGAUGGAAUGAAAGUUAUUAUAUUUGUUGUUUUAACAAUCUUAUUCUGUGGUUAUGGGAGGAGAAUCAAGGUGUGUUUGUUGUUCUGUUUAAAAAUUUCUGCUAAAAAAGAAACAGGUAAAACAAUCGAUGAAAGUGUGUUUCUGGUGAUAGAAAGUGUUUGCAACACAAAAUAAAUCUAAAAAAUGAUUAACACGUAUAUAAACAAUUCGAUUGGGAGAUUAUUUUGGACAAUCUGUCUAAGACCGAAAAGUAGUAAGGAGGUUUGUAAUGCACUCUUGGGUCGGUCCUGAUAUUCACAAAACUGCCAAUCCUAAACAACUCCGAAUUGAUCUCCCGUCGGUCCUCAACAG